AUCAAAACAUCAUGAUCGGGUCAAGACUGCUGCUGUCAAGAACUAUAAGACCCGUUCAAAUCUUCAAAUCCUAUCAAUUUCCAGCAUCGUGGACGUCCCACCGAUUCUGCGCCGGAAGUUCACCGUCCAAGAAAGAGCCAAGCUAUCGUGAUGCAAGCUACAUAAUCCACUGGAAGAUAGAUCGGUUACUGAACAGCAGCAUGGUUGUAGCGAUUCCGUUGGGUUUCACCUAUCCGAAUCCGAUCACCGAUACCCUGCUGGCAUUGGCGGUGAUGAUCCACACCCACAUGGGAGUGGAAAUGUUCAUUGACGAUUAUUUCACGGCUCCGACCCGCAGCGGAGGAAAUCUGCGGAAAGUGCUCAAGAAAUCCUUGAUCGGUUUGACGAUGGUCACUUUGGUCGGGUUUUUCUGGUUGAUUUACAAGGAUAUUGGACUGGUUAACACUAUUCGCGGAAUUUGGGCCGUAAAGCCGAAGGGUCGGGAGUAA